CUGAUAGUGGCGCUGUAGGACACUUGGUGUCGUCCCACGAAGAAGACAAUAAAACAGGAGAAAGGGUAAACUGCUGGGCAAAUUAGCGGCUUGGCGGAAUAAAAAAACAGAAAUUUAAAACUCCGACAAGCUUCUCUUUUUAGGCAUUCAGCUCAAAGGCGGCGGCUUGAACGUCUUCAGUUAACCCGCCAGCUCACCGUCUUGCCGUUAGCCCCCUUUGCCUGUUAGCUUAGCUUCGGCUAACUGACGCGACUCCGCGGCCAAGGAAGAGAAGCCCGCAGAAGAAGGCGAGCAUGUCGGACGACUUCAGCGAAGACAUGAGCAUCAUGAGGAUGGAGGAGGACGGCGAGGCGUACAGCGACGACCCCAUGACGGCGACAGGGGCGAGCGACGGCGGCCUGAAUGCCGGCGGAGAGGCCGAGGGGUCUCGGAUCGACGCCAGUAAGAAUGAGGAAGAUGAAGGGAAGGUGUUUGUCGGAGGCCUGAGCUGGGACACGACAAAGAAGGACCUGAAAGAUUACUUCUCCAAGUUCGGGGAGGUCAUAGACUGCACUCUGAAACUGGACCCCAUGACAGGUCGAUCCAGGGGCUUCGGCUUUGUGCUCUUCAAGGAUGUCGGAAGCGUCGACAAGGUCACGUCUCAAAAGGAACACAAGCUCAACGGAAAGGUCAUCGACCCCAAAAAGGCCAAGGCCAUGAAGGGUAAAGAGCCGGUCAAGAAGAUUUUUGUGGGCGGUCUCUCCCCGGACACCCCCGAGGAGAAAGUCAGAGAGUACUUUUCUGCCUUUGGAGAGGUGGAAUCCGUGGAGCUUCCCAUGGAGAGCAAGACCAACAAAAGGCGGGGCUUCUGCUUCAUCACGUUCAAGGACGAGGAGGCAGUGAAGAACAUCAUGGAGAAGAAGUACCACAACAUUGGCCUGAGCAAGUGUGAAGUGAAGGAGGCCAUGUCCAAGGAGCAGUACCAGCAGCAGCAGUACUGGGGAGGAAGAGGAGGGUACGCCACUCGGUCUCGAGGAAGGGGCGGCGGUCCCGGUCAACAAUGGAACCAGGGCUACGGCAACUACUGGAAUCAAGGCUAUGGCUACGGUAACCAAGGAUACGGAGGGUAUGGCGACUACGAUUACUCGGGAUACGGCAACUACUACGGAUACGGCGACGACAGCACCCCGCCCCUUGGCUACGGCAAGUCGCCACGGCGCCCUGUUCACAGCAACAGCUACCGGCCGUACUAAAGUGCGCGUGGAAAGCCUCCCAAGACCCAAAGCAGCGGAGCUUCCUUGCAGGCCAUGAGCUGACUCCCAGAUACUCUCAGGGCCCGCUCAAUGCGGACCGGGUACGAGAAGCAUACGCUCUCGAUUGCUGCCGUUUGGUAUGGUCUCACAACAUCCUGUAUCCGCAUUUCUAAACUCAAACCAUAUGGGACAAAACGUGCAGCUUUCACCUUCCUUUCCCAUGUUUUUCUCUUGGGAUUUUUUUGGUUCUGUUUUUGACUCGUUUGCAGCCGUACGUGGUGUAAAGGUUAAUUUUAUGCACAUUGUAAUGGUCAUUCUUUACAGGCCCCCUUCCACAAGUAAUAAUAAUAAUAUUUUAAUAAUAAGUAUUUGCUCCUUUUAAAGGUAUUUGCACUCCUGACGUAAGCUGCUUGUUUCUUGUCCAUGAGCUAACAGCUUCUAUGGACGCUGCUGUUGUGUUGGGGGAAAAACGUGUCUUCUCUGUGUAACCUGUAACCUUUUUUAUUUUAAAUGUAAUACAAGAAGCAUAUUUUUACAGAAAUUUGCACGGAAUGUUCCUUAUUUUUUUCUUUUAAAUGUGCAUUUUUUGACCAAAGGUUUCCUUCUAGUUCAACUCAAGAUCUUUGCUAUUUAAAGUGUUAAAUGUUAAUAUAUACUCUUUUUUUUUUUUUCCACACGCCUUUUCCUGUUGACUUAUGGUGUGAAAAGGUGUCCGGAGCUGACAUUGCUGUCUUUUUUUCAGGUGUCGGAGCGACGAGGCUGGCUGGGGGGGUGCAGGGCCGCAGCGACGUCGCCCUCUUCCUGAUUGUAAGAAACUAAACUGAAGAGCACUGUCCCCCACAUUUUCUUCUUUAUUCCACGGAGCUUUUUUGGGAUUUUUUUUGCCAGUUAUUUCGAUGUUUUAACCUUCUUCUCAUCCUUUUGUUUUUAGUACUUAACGUCCUUUCGUGCUGUUUGUGAAUCACUUCAUUUAUUACGUAGACAUAGAGACACUUAUUUACAGCCUUGUGGUAGCAAAGACACGUAUUCAUCAGUCUUACAUAGAACAUUUAGAGUGGAACCUCGGUUUACCAACUGGAUUGGUUCUUGUUAAACCACAAAGUUUGUAUAAGAAACAAUGUAAAUAUCAAUAGUGGGUUUCAGCCUGGACAAAAGUCCGUAUAUUAGCAAAGGUUUGUACACUUUGAACACAAUAUAAAGUGCCAUACAGUACUGUAUAUCAAGCAAACAUAACAAGGAUGAAUCAACUUUCUCUUUAUUAAACAAAAACAACAAGCCAAUUUGCCACAUAAAUCCGUUUUGGUGCCCUCACAAACGAUCAGAAAUCACACACAUCCUUAAAGGCCUACUGAAAUGAAUUUUUUUUAUUUAAACGGGGAUAGCAGAUCUAUUCUAUGUGUCAUACUUGAUCAUUUCGCGAUAUUGCCAUAUUUUUGCUGAAAGGAUUUAGUAUAGAACAACCACGAUAAAGAUCGCAACUUUUGGUAUCUGACAAAAAAAAGCCUUGCCCCUACCGGAAGGAGCGUGACGUAGUCAGCUGAACAUUUCCGCAAAGUUCCCUAUUGUUUACAGUGAUGGCGGCCAGAAGUGAGAGCGAUUCGGACCGAGAAAGCGACGAUUUCCCCAUUAAUUUGAGCGAGGAUGAAAGAUUCGUGGAUGAGGAACGUUAGAGUGCAGACAUAUCUUUUUUCGCUCUGACCGUAACUUAGGUACAAGCUGGCUCAUUGGAUUCCACACCCUCUCCUUUUUCUAUUGUGGAUCACGGAUUUGUAUUUUAAACCACCUCGGAUACUAUAUCCUCUUGAAAAUGAGAGUCGAGAACGCGAUUGUUUUAAGGAGCGCCCUAAGUGGCUGAUCCGUUGGCGGUCCCGUCUUGUCUCCCUGUUUAGCGGGAUUGUGCCGAAAAUGUAAUUUCAGUUCUUAUUUGUCUUGUACAUGUUAAGAAUGGACAAAUAAAGCUGCUCCGCUCUGCUCUGCUCUGAAAUGGACAUUCACAGUGCCUUUUAUCUCCACGACUAUACAUCGGUGAAACACUUUAGCUACGAGCUAACGUGAUAGCAUCGUGCUUUAACUGCAUAUAGAAACAAAAGAAAUAAACCCCUGACUGGAAGGAUAGAUAGAAAAUCAACAAUACUAUUAAAUCGUGGACAUGUAAAUACACGGUUAAUGCUUUCCAGGCUGGCGAAGGUUAACAAUGCUGUGCUAACGACGCCAAUGAAGCUAACUUAGCAACCGGACCUCACAGAGCUAUGCUAAAAACGUUAGCUCUCCACCUACGCCAGCCAGCCUUCAUCUGCUCAUCAACACCCGUGCUCACCUGCGUUCCAGCGAUCGACGGUGCGACGAAGGACUUCACCCGAUCACAGAUGCGGUCGGCGGCCCGGAGACGUAGGGCCCGGAGACGUAGGAAGUCAAGGUGAGGUCACCGGCUAGCGCGUCUGCUAUCCAACAAAGUCCUCCGGUUGUGUUGCUGUAGUCCGCCGCUAAUACACCGAUCCCACCUACAACUUUCUUCUUUGCAGCCUUCAUUGUUCAUUAAACAAAUUGCAAAAGAUUCACCAACACAGAUGUCCAGAAUAAUGUGGAAUUAUGAAAUGAAAAUAGAGCUUUUUGUAUAGGAUUCUACGGGGUAGCAAUACUUCCGUUUAACUGACUACGUCACGCGCAUACGUCAUCAUACCGAGACGUUUCAGCCGGAUAUUUCCCGGGAAAUUUAAAAUUGCACUUUAUAAGUUAACCCGGCCGUAUUGGCAUGUGUUGCAAUGUUAAGAUUUCAUCAUUGAUAUAUAAACUAUCAGACUGCGUGGUCGGUAGUAGUGGCUUUCAGUAGGCCUUUAAGUUUAACAACCAUAUUAACAUCAGCACAGGAAGCUUGAGAGAAGAAAAGGGAACGAGAGGUAGCGUCCGUUCCUCCGCGGUGAAAUAAGUCUGCUCUGGCAUCUUUUUCCAGAAAACUGUCAAAACUUGCUGCGGUACGAAGCUCGCUUCGUCAAUUCUCCCAUGCUUGUGAGCUCCAUUAAUGUACUCCCUUCUUUCCGCGCCCGCUUGUUGAGUUUCGGGAACUCAUCGAGUCAGCAAAAUGGACAAAACUUGACAAAAGGCGUAGAAACACAGAAAACCGGUGUUGAGAAGUGACGUGAAAAGCUGGAGCCCUGCUUUUCUUAUUUGCAGGAGGAACGCAGAAUAAACGUUGGCACACAGAGGCACAAUUGGCUCCAUCUAAAAGUGUGUAAAUGGAAAAGUCCGCAAAUGGCGCGGUUGGUAAAUCAGGGUUCCACUGUACACACACAUGGAUAAUGUAUCCAACAUAGGCAAGUGUGAGAAACCAAUAAAACGACAUGGAUUUCUGAACCUUGGUAAAAUAAUUCAUUUAGUGGGAGAAGGUGGUGUGGAGUGUUUAACAAUCAGUUUCCUCCAGGCCUCCCGACGUAGGGCGAUUGAGUUAAAUAACAUUGGUAGCAAAGAGGAUGAUGAGGAUGAGGACGACCAGCACCACCACGCCGAUUAUGAUCAUCAUUUUGAUGUUCUUCCACCAGUACUUCCUGGCCACCUGCGUGGAGGUCCUUUGGAAGGAGUCGGCCUGGUGGGAGAACACAAUAUUCAAAACAAAGGGACAAACGAUAUAUUUUGAAAUGGCGUGAACGAGCGUGGGAACUAGCCGACCGAGGCCUGCAGGUCGUCCGUCUUGCCGAUCAGGUCGUCCAGUCGGUCGCCUCUUUCCAGCACUUUGUCGAUGUUGUCUCUCAGGAUCACCUUCACCUCGUUCACCUGACCCUGCACCUGGUCCAGCUUGGGAGCCGAGCCGGACGGCUGGAAGUUUGGGUUGUCCUGCCACAUGUUCAAGAGAUCUUUUUCAAAAAAAGGGCUGGGGUUCUUGUGCGUACUGAAGACCGCUUCUUACGAAACCCUCGCGGACGUUUUUCUCUUGGACAGAGCAAACAUGCGUGUGUUCUUACACUUCUUCAGUCUUUAAGAAAACAUGCAUGGUUUAGGGCAGAUCUGGGCAAAUUAAGGCCCGCCGGACAUUC